AUGGCUAUCUUCCCCACUGUUCUGCUGCUGGCAGCUUAUUCAACAUCAAUAAUCGCCGGGCCGGUCCCCAAGCAUCAACGGAGGCAACUCUCCACGAGUUAUGCUAACACUACCUCUGCCGCAUUUUCAACAUCAGCACAACGAAUUGCGGAAGCAGAAACUGCUAUUAUAGUGGAGCCAAUCCAGCAAACCAUCGUGACUUCGAUAGCACCAGCUAUCACUUUCGUCCUCCCCGAUGGAAAACCACUUGUAACACAAGAUCCACAGACAGUCUUCUCUACCUCAUAUAUCACGCCAUCAGCUUUGCCAAGUACUGAGGAGAGUUCAAGCGCAGUAGCCACUACUUCAGUGACACAAAGUCCGGAACCUACGCCAACAGAGAGCGUCAGUGUGCCAAUCUCGUCCGCCAUCGAAACUGGAAUUUUGUCGAGUUCAGUAGGGGCGGUCGAUAACAAGACAGCUAGCGAGACAAGUCAGCAAAUUCCCUUGUUCACUUACUCACCCAUAGAGGAAGAGACGUCUACUUCGCUUGCUAUUCCUCCUGCAUCGGCGACAAGCGCGGUCCCAGCUUCCACCACUGGAGGCUUGUCUGGCUUCACCCAUCCCGCGGCAGUACCUUCAAGUUUGCCUGUUGCCAAUACCACUGCUAGUUCGGUGAUUACAAGUGCUCUUUCCGUGAUCGAGUCGGUUGUACAGGCGUCAUCCUCCUCACCUCUGGUCAAUUCAACUUCUCUGGCACUCCCACUUCCCAUAUCGUCCGGCUCGCCAACAGCUGCUGUACCUUCCGAGACUGCAUCAGAUGCUGUAGACGUAACAUCGCGCAUCGUCGUCACACAAUACACCACCAUUUAUGCGACAUCUCAGCCACCCCAAACACCUGCACAGGAGUCAGCUAUGCCAUCCGAAGCGCAAGAGUCCAUUUCUUUGGCCUCUUCUCCAUUAUCAUCAGAAGUGGCUGGUGCACCUACAUCGUCUCCAUCGAAUGCUCCAGCUGAAGUAUCUCCGUCAGCAUCUCUUCAAGUACCGCCUGUAGUGGUUGUAACGUCAUACACCACGGUCAUGCCAACGCCAGCACCGCAACCUAGUCAGGCACCCGAGACGCCUGUCUCUUCCGCUAUGCCAGAGCCGGUUCUUUCCAGUUCGAUGGCCCCAUCAUCUUCAAUCGCAAGUUCCUCUUCGAAGGUAGCGGAGCCAACGCCCACGGCGCCCACGCUAUCAUCUUCGAUGUCCGAAAUUCCUGCGCCUACACCUACACCGCCCGCGUUGGCAUCCUCCAUCACACCGACGACUUCAAGCGCCCCUGAAAGCUCGGCGCAACCAACCCCAUCUUCUUCAUCCGUGGUAUCACUUCCAGAGGCUUCCUCGCAGCCCUCUCUCUCAUCCUCUAUCGCGCCACCUCCGGAGGUAACUGCAUCGACAUCCGGCGCCGUGCCAACACCGCCGGCACCUACAGAUACGCCAUCUUCUGCGUCGCCAGAGCCAGAGCCAGUGCCCUCAUCGACAACAUCGGAAGGCCCAUUAAUCAUCACACCGAUACCACCAAGUCAGGUGUUUACUGUGACUGUUACUGCGACGGCAACGGAAAAAGAGACAGUCAAGGAGACGACCACUGUAACCGUGACGGCUUGA